AUCAUUGACUGUGAAACUUUUAAGCCCUUUACCUGGCAGCUGAUUGUCCGUUUUGAAACAAUUACAGUUAAGAACUCGCUAUACAAGAGGAACUGCUACUUAACAUCCAAGACUAGAGCCGAAUUGUUCCUUCCCGAAGAACUAAACAGAAUGGAACGCACUAUGCCGGGAAUUCUUGUAUAUUAUUGGAUUGUUAGUCCAUUGCUAGUUCACUGCAAGCCACCAGAUUAUUGUAAUGAGUCAGUAUAUGGUCCCAAUCAUGUUAUGUGUUCCAGUCAGUGGUCUGUGUUUUGUGACAGACAAGUUCUUAUGGAAAAAUUAGGAAAAACUACAAAGCUGUUUAUUCUUCAUGCUCAGAAUGCUAUUCGUCAAGCAGUAGCCCGUGGGCACAUGAGACGAGGUGUUGAAGACUCACAGCCACCUGCUGCUAAUAUGAAUAUGCUUGACUGGAGUGAGGAACUGGAGCAAAUGGCACACCAGUGGGCCAACCAAUGCAGAAAUGUCAGCACACCACUCCAUGAUAAAAAUCGAAAUACAAGUUAUUACUAUGUAAAUCAGUUAGUGACAGUCCAUGUAAACUUAACAAUACUCCGUAAAGCUCAAUGGACACAUAUUGAUUUAGUAUGGAUGACAACAAUGCAUCAAAUUUGGUUGGGACAGGUAGCAAAUAUUUCAAGUGAAAUUAUUGAAUCGUACAGGGACCCUGAAUCAUCAUACAGCUCCUAUACACAGAUGGUGUGGGGUAGGACAGAAGCUGUGGGCUGUGGUUACACUCGAAUGAAGUAUGAGACUGAUGUUAUAGACACCCUUGUUUGCAAUUAUGGGCCUGGAGGCAAUAUUGAAGGAGAACCUGUAUAUAUAAUAGGCCCAGCUUUAUCAGCAUGUGAGGAUGACACGUAUUUUUCUGUCUACUAUAGAGGCUUAUGUCAGAAAUUUUAUUAUCGAACCACUCCACAUGUAAUUACACCAAUAGCUUCACUCACAGCAUUAGCUACAUAUAUUGGUUUCUUUUGGUUUUAUCUAUGUCUUAUAUACUACUUGUGGCUAAGCCAGAGAUAUGGUAAAUUAAAAAAAUUAACUACAGGUACAGGCAAGUUACUUAAAGUAAAUGAGAAAGACUAUGUUCUUGCAGAUUACUGAGUGUAGUGUAUAUCUCAAAUAUGUUAAUUAGAAUGUUAGUUAUACUUUGAAUUUUCUACAUAAUUUUCACAAUUAAGAGUUAUGUAAAUCAGUAUAAUAUACAACUAGUCCAGGGAGGAAAUUGUGCUAUAUUUAAUGUAGUUUAAGCAGCAUCUUAUUGUUAAUCAUAGUUGCAAUUAUAAUUCAUAAAAAUAUGUAUCUAACUGUCGUGUAUUGUCAAUAAAAAUGUGAUGUGGAUAUCA